AUGGCGGCCUCGUUCUUCGGCCUCUGUAUGGCCAGCAACUAUGCCCACCUGAUAGAGCAGAUCGUCGCGCACAACCAGGCCUCGCGAGCCCAUUAUGCCGAGAGGCAUCCUCGUGGCCAACAGUUGUUGGCGGAACUCGAGAAGCCGGACUCAUGGAACCAUCAUCCCGUCCUCGGGGAAGGCGACGGCGACGAAUACAGUCGCCUCUCAGACAGUGAUUGGGCUGCCUUUCUGGACGAACUGACCACAGCGCAUGAAAUGGCAACGCGUCAAGCAGAGGCCGACGACGAGGAUGGCAACAGGGUCUUUAUGAAGUCUCUGCUGGCUGGACGCCAGAUGGACCUGGACGAAGAGGAGGCGGAAGCCGAAGAUCCGGGCCUAAUGAAACUGUUAGUGGGGCCUAGGACAGAGUCGACCGACUGGAGACGUGAAUUGGCCCAAGACGCGUCCAGCGAAGAGGAGGCCGACGCGGCAACACUGACAGACGAGAACAUCGACCAGACGGUACGCAGAGCUGAGGUGCCUUUUCAGAACCCACUCUGGGGGGAGCAUCGAGUGUCCGGUGGGUCAAGUGAGCUGGGUCAGUGGAUCGACUUCGCCCUCCUCGGAGCAGGAGCUCAGGAUGAGGAUGAGGAGGGCAUAAUCGGCCUCAAGGCAUCGGACCUCUUUUUGCAUCUGGAAUCUCAUAUCUUCUGA